ACGAGUCGGAGUCGCCUAUGGCAGUUUCCUCCAAUUUUGACGUAAAGCUACUUAACCCCACUUUUUGUGCAUAUUUUCUUCGCAAAAACCACGAAUAAUAGCCACAAUGGGCAGUUGGCGUCUCGAAAUUGGAAAAAUGGCCCUUUAUAUAACCUUCCCGGUGGCAAUGUUUCAUUACUUCAACCAACCGGAAUUAUUCGAAGAAUGGGUCGUGAAGACAAAACGGGAGCUCUACCCCCCUGAAAACACCACCCAACAACGAGAAUUCCUCGAUGCCAUUCAAAAAAUCAAAGCCAAACAAGAAGCCGACCGGAUCAAGGCCUUGGAACGCAGUGCCGGGUAAUUAAAACACUUGUUUUAUUUAAAAUUGUUUAAUAAAAAGUUAAGUUGUUGAUACAA